AUGGCAGCUGAAGUAGCCAACAAGACAUCGAGGUCGGAAACAGAGACGGAGAUUGCACCAGAGCAGGAUGGUACAGCCUUCACAGAGGCAGAGCUGAUCAAUGCUGAAAGGAACCCGAACAAGGUCGUGACAACCCGGCCUUCAUCGCUGGGGUACUCUUCGAUUGUGCUGAUCAUUGUCAAUCGCAUGAUAGGUACUGGUAUCUUCAAAACACCAACGACCUUAGCACAUGGAACGCAUUCGAUUGGCUAUAUCCUCCUAUUCUGGGCGGCCGGAGCCAUUGUUGCCAUAUGUGGAACAUUGGUCUUCGCCGAAUAUGGUUUGACAGUGCCUCGACUGGAAAUCGAGAACGACAACAAACAAUCGGUGCCACGAAAUGGUGGUGAGAAGAAUUACCUCGAGUAUCUCAUCAAGUCACCGAAGCGUCUUGCCACGUGCCUCUAUGGUAUCCCAUUCAUUGUCCUUGGUACUGCCGCAGGCAACGCACUGGUGUGCGCAGAGUGUUUGUUGCGUGCGACAGGGCACGAGCCUUCAGAAGGUGCUAUCCGUGGACUUGCCAUUGGUCUGGCUAGCACUGCUUGUCUCGUGCAUGCUGGCUGGAGGACUGGCGGCGUUUAUCUGUUCAACGCUUUUGGCACCAUCAAGGUGGGUAUGAUGGUGGCCAUGUUCAGUCUCGGCGUGGCCUACGCAGCAGGAACUUUGGGAGGAUCGAAUGAGAUUGCGAGCGAGAAUCUCAGCAUCCACAACUCCAUGGACAAGCCACUUGGUAGCGCUUUUGGCUACGCUGAAGCAUUUCUGGCUGUAUUAUUUGCAUUUGGCGGCUUCAAUCAAGCGACCUACGUGUUGGGAGAGAUUGAUCAUCCCCGACGAAAACUCAAACCUACCACGGUUUUGACAGUUUUGGGGGUCAGUAUUCUGUAUAUUUUGGUCAACCUGGCUUAUAUGAUGGUCGUGCCAGCGAAUGAUCAAUUCGAACCCGGAUCAGACACAGUAGCAGCAACAUUCUUCCUCAGAAUUUUUGGCCGCAAUGCUGGUAAGGUUCAGAAUAGCUUUAUGGCCUUCUCGAGUUUCGGCAAUGUGCUCGUGCAGACAUUUACAGCGUCGAGGGUUAAACAAGAGCUUGCGAAGGAAGGUAUCUUACCUUUCACGAAGUUCUUAGCGACCAACAGAUCAUUGACGCCUAGAUUCCUUAGCCGGACAUCGAAGUCCACAGAGACAUCCGAUGCCACACCUGUAGGCGCUUUGAUGUUGCACUGGACCUUCACGUUGCUACUAAUUUUGGCAACGAUACCAGGGAACACAGGUGAAUCUUACCGAAUUUUCACGAAUUUGUACGCUUUUGUUGUCGAUGCUCUCUUUGGAUUUUUCAUCGGCCUUGGGAUGUUGGUUUUGAGGUUGAAGAAGACAUCGCACUGGUCGCGGAAAUCCGCCAGCAACAAAUAUACCAGCUUCGCUGCAGCUCUGAUCUUUACCAUGGCCAACCUUUUCCCACUCGUUGCAGUUUGGAUCAAGCCUUCGGGAACGUCGGGCAUUACACUUCCUGUUAGUUGGUGGGCGACUGGCACGAUAGGAAUGGGACUCUUGGGGUUCGCGGUUCUGUAUUGGGUUGUAUUGCAGUACAUUGUUCCGAAAAUAUUAGGGCGGGAUCUCGAGGUAGAGAGGGAAUUUCAGUUCAAGAAGAGCCACGGUUAUUGGGUAAUCUGGCAUGAGGUAACGAGCGUGAAUUGGCGGACGAGAUCUGUGUAA